AUGUCUCGCAACGGGACGACCCUUUACGUGACCGGCUUCAGCCACGGCACUCGCGCGCGCGACCUCGCGUACGAAUUCGAGCGCUAUGGUCGCCUUGUCCGGUGUGAUAUCCCGGCUCCCCGGUCUGCAAGCAGCAGACUGUUUGCCUUCGUCGAGUACGAAGAUCGCCGCGACGCGGACGAUGCGUACCACGACAUGCACAACAAGCGUAUCGGCCGUGACGACAUCCUGAAAAUCGAGUGGGCCCGCACUCCUCCUUCCGCUUCAUGGCGGUUUGAUCGUAGCGACCGGGACCGUGGGCCGCGCCGUUCUCCCCGCCGUCGUUCGCCUAGCCCGCCGCGGCGCAGCACGCGCGACUACUCGCCUCGUAAAGAUGACCGCCGUGACCGGGACCGCGACCGGGAUUACGACCGAGACCGCCGCGACACUCGUGACCGCUCCCGCAGCCCCGAUCGCGAUAGGGACCGUGACUCCAAGGACGACCGCGAUCGUGACGACCGCGAUCGCCGUGAAAACGGGGCUAAUGGAGAUGACAGGAAGCCCAUAGAUAGUCCCGACCGGCCGGCGCACGAUGACCUCGACGUUGCCGAAUGA